AUGUCGGCUUUCAUUAAUCUUCGAAUUCAUGGGAUCGUCUACUUCGCCGCGCAUCGUUACGCCAGUGACGAGGUGAUGUUAUCAUUUAUUUCCAAAAUACUGUUGGGCGAAACAAGAGAAUCUACAUUUCGUCACUUGUACGCGAAGGCUGCCCGAGAGUGGCGUUGUCAAGAUGAUGUAGUCACUCCCUUCAACGAUCGACGGUGGACUCACGUCCAUGCCGUUUGGACCUUUGACCUAGAUCGCGAUGUCCUGCAUUGGGACAGGAGCGAUUGUAAUCUCUCGAUCCUCCUCGACAUCAUCCGCCAACGCGCCAUAACGGUUUCCGAUUUCGAGCCUCGCAAGAUACUAUCAUCGCCUAUCGAACCCGCCUCGGUAAUCUUGCAUGGAGCGCCGCAUUGGAGAAUGAUGCGCAGAAAGAUCGAUCACCUCAGCCUGUCACGACGCAAAAGUUUCAUUCCUAAGGUACUAUCCGACUUUGCGUUUCAGUGGAGGCAUGUCCUCCAUGGUCACUACAACAACUCGACCUUCCGCAGGCUCGCCUAUGCGAUCAUCGGAUCGUCGCGUUGGACUUCAACGUCAAAGGAAAUCACGCAUCCUCGUCAGGGCCUUGGAGGAUUCCUAGUGUGGGUGGAUGAUCUUCCCAACUGGGACCUCCCAAGCAGCCACAUUUACAGGUUCGGGGACACGUCCGUCGUGAUCUGUCAACACGCUCCGCAUGCUGUCUCAAUGAUACGGAACGAUUUUCUCAAGCGUGCGGGGCUCACCACCGAACCCUUCCGCGAGACCCUCACCUAUCUCAUCCUCUCUGUCAGAGAAGUUGUCCUUUUUCGAAUAAAUCGGGGGGUCGAACGACACACGGAACCCCAUCGUCUGUUUGAUGGCCAGAACCCUCCUUCCGACGAAGCGAUCGAACUCCUUCUUCAAAGCGUCCAGCAGAGCCCCAAGCUUUCUCCUCUCCGCAAACUGCCUGUUGAGCUACAAGAUUCCAUCUUGGAUGAGGUAUCAGCAGGGCCCAUAGAGCGUGCCAGGAUCGGCUGCCUGCUGGACGCUGGCUCGAAUUUCGGUUGGGCAUGUGGGAAUCGGAUUGUGGAAAGGGAGGAGGGCCGCCGGAACAGAACAUCUCAAACCCCAGUGGAGUCGCAUGUUCAGUUUGAUGGAUGUGAUAGCGGCGUUGCUUAUCGAGAAAAGCUUCCGCGACUUCCAUCGAGCAGCGUGACUUGA